AUGAUGUACAGCUUCAUGGGAGGGGGCCUGUUCUGUGCCAUAGUGGGGAACAUCCUGCUGGUAGUCUCCACAGCCACAGAUUACUGGAUGCAGUACAGGCUCUCGGGCAGCUUCGCUCACCAGGGCCUGUGGAGGUACUGCAUGUCCGGCAAGUGCUACAUGCAGACUGACAGCAUUGCGUAUUGGAAUGCAACACGUGCCUUCAUGAUCCUGUCUGCCAUGUCAUGCUUUGCGGGCAUCAUCGCGGGCAUCCUCUCCUUUGCCCACUUCUCUGCCUUCGAGAGAUUCAACCGCUCAUUCGCCGCUGGGAUCAUGUUCUUUGUUUCCACCCUCUUUGUUUUGCUUGCAAUGGCCAUUUACACCGGAGUGACGGUGAACUUCCUGGGCAAGCGCUUUGGGGACUGGCGUUUCUCCUGGUCUUACAUACUAGGCUGGGUGGCUCUGCUCAUGACAUUCUUUGCAGGUAUCUUCUACAUGUGCGCCUACAGAAUGCAUGAGUGCCGGAGGGUGGCUGGCCCGCGGUGA